UUGAAUUUACACAUGUCCAGAAGGUAACAAUGCUUCUUGUGAGGAAAGCCGUGCGGACGGCCGUGUGGACCAACCUCUGCAGGCCAUUUUCAGCCUCACAGACUCACCCGGACAAGAGAAAAGGUCUGGUGUUGGGAGUGUUUGAGAAGGAGGGAGAGAAGGGCGGCCUCCAGCUGACAGAAACUGCAGCAGAUUUUGAUCAGUCGUUAUCUGGAAAACUCUCAGAGUUGCUGGAAAUCUCUAGACCAGGGCUUAAGAAAGGCAAGAGCAGGAUAUUUUAUGGAAUUCACAAGGAUUUCCCAUGUGUGGCAGUAGUUGGAUUGGGCAAAAGUAGAGCAGGUGUUUGCAAUGCUGAGAACUGGGACACCAGUAAAGAGAACAUCAGGGAAGCUGUAUCAGCUGGCUGCCGGUUACUUCAGGACAUGGAGGUGAACCAUGUCGAAGUAGACAGCUGUGGUGACGCCCAGUCAGCAGCAGAGGGUGCUAUUCUUGGCUUAUUUCACUAUGACCAACUCAAGUCCAAGAAGAAGACCAAAGUAACCACACAGCUUCGUGGAAGUGCUGAUGCAGAAGGCUGGGAGAAAGGUGUUGUGUAUGCAGAAGGCCAAAACCUGGCCCGACUGCUCAUGGAAGCCCCUGCAAAUCACAUAACACCUACUGCUUUUGCAAAUACCAUUGAAGAGAAACUAGCUCCGUACUCUGAUCGAGUAGCAAUAAAUAAGAGAUCCCAGGCUUGGAUCCAGGAGCAGAAGAUGGGAGCUUUCCUCAGUGUGUCAAAAGGUUCAGAGGAGCCUCCUGUAUUCUUGGAGCUACAUUACAAUGGUUCGCCUGAUAGUAAGCAGCCACCACUGCUUCUUGUGGGAAAAGGAAUCACUUUUGACAGUGGUGGUAUUUCUCUAAAGCCCUCUCCCUCUAUGGAUGCGAUGAGAGCUGAUAUGGGUGGAGCCGCCACUGUAUGUGCAUCCAUCGUCACAGCAGCGUCUCUUAAACUGCCUGUCAAUAUUGUUGGUCUGGCUCCGCUGUGUGAGAACAUGCCCAGUGGAAAGGCAACUAAACCAGGUGAUGUUGUCAUAGCCAAAAAUGGAAAAACAAUCCAGGUUGAUAACACAGAUGCAGAGGGCAGACUGGUCCUUGCUGAUGCACUCUGUUAUGGACACACUUUCAACCCUAGAGCUAUUGUUAAUGUUGCUACGCUAACAGGUGCAAUGGAUGUGGCUCUUGGCUCAGCAGCAACAGGAGUAUUUACAAAUUCUGACUGGCUCUGGGGGCAGCUGUACAAGGCUAGUGUUGUGACAGGGGACAGAGUGUGGCGGAUGCCUCUGUUCCAUCACUACACCAGGCAGGUGACUGACAGCCAGCUGGCGGACCUCAACAACAUCGGCAAGUACAGCCGUUCUGGAGGUGCGUGCACAGCAGCUGCAUUCCUGAAAGAGUUUGUUACAGCUCCUCACUGGGCUCAUCUGGACAUUGCUGGUGUAAUGAGUAACAAAGAUGAAAUUCCCUACCUGAGAAAAGGCAUGUCUGGAAGGCCAACGCGUACACUGGUGGAGUUUGCUGCCGGGCUGGCCCACAGUGGCUGAAAGAUGGAAGCAGAUCUGAUCAUAUUGAAGACUUCUUUUUUUUUAUCAGUUUCAAGACUGAAAAUCAGUAUUCCCACAUGGACUAGGGUCAAAGCCCAUGCAGUCACACUUACAUGGAAGAACUGAAGAGUUUUUUAGCCAGUAUUUAAUGCAAAUUUUCUGUUUAUUUUCCAAAACUAUUACAAUACACAGACUGAAAAUUUAAACAAAUUGUUAAAUAAAGAUAUCUAAUUAAGCUUA